AUGUUAAUGCAUUUUUCAGGAUUUGAUGCUUUAGAAUAUGAGGAGGAAACUGAUUAUGAGAUCAUCCAGUCAACUAAUGUGGACUUUCAUGAAGCAGUGGUUCGUGUCAACAUCUUCAGAGAGUAUCGACAAACCAUACAGGUGGUGAACCCCCUCAACUCAGAUGGUGUUGCCGAGGAGGAGGUAACUAUGGUUGAAUUGAACUCCUUCAAGCCCAGCGUCUUGGAGGAACAGGUCGAUAAGAAGUUUUACCUCGCACUCAAUUUCAACCUGGUCGACAAUCUUCUCUUCUUCAACCCUGACUUAUACUCAGUCAAUGAAGUGUCUGAUAUAUGGCAGGCGCCCACACCACAAAUAAACAACAUCACCUUCAGGUUUCCACUCUCCCCUCCACUCUCCCAGCCAAGUGACCCUCAGCCUACUGUGUGUUUCUACGACAAGGUGAGUGCCUCACUCACUCCAUCAGCAUUAGUAGUGACAUGUUCAGUGUCUGGACACCCAACGUUUGAAGCAUAGUGGUGUAGUGGACUAAGGCGCCGAAAAUUUAGCUACAUUCCUGGGAGGCUGGUUAAAUAACUCGGUUUCGAUCUCCCGCUGGUCGCAUAUGUUAUUUGCUAUAAAACCAAAUGUCACAUAAGUUUUAUCUGUGUCUAUUGACCUGACAAGAAUUACUCACUAGGUAUGCUGUUCUUCCAAUAAGUAAGGUGGCCAAUAAUAUGCAUGAUAUUGCAUUGUUGUAAAAUAUAAAAAAUGAACGCAUGUGAAUGGCAAGUGAAUGCAUUUGAGGCGAGACUGACAGAGAGAGAGAGAGAGAGGUGAAUAAGGAAGUGACGAGUCUAGCAGGUGCUAGUGUGGUAUUAUAGGUGUGUCAUAGAGUUAUGUAUGAUGUAGUGUUUUAGUGUUCUAUAGGCCAUAGGAAGUUUUUGAUGAUUUUAUUUGU